AUGAAGAUAUCUCUACCCAUAGGUCUCACAACUUUCCCCUCGGCCAAUGCACCCGCCGAGCAAGUCCGCACCUACAUCACCCAACUCCUUGUCAACAAACAUGACGUGCCCAUCGAUGUCGCCGAGAAACAUGCCAGUAAAUGGGAGAUUGGCCGGUUCUCUCAGCUCAUGCCAGCCUCUCAAGAGACGUUACAGCGUAUCUUCGGGGACAAUGUCGGGUGGUGUAUUUUUAGUGCGAUCCGGGAGGAUCGAAUCGAGCUCAUCAAUAAAAAACCAUCGGCAAUUCUCAGCGGGUGUAGAUGA